CUAUUAUCCGUACAAUAAUAGCCUCCAAGCUCAUUCAGCCCAGCUGCUCGGACGCCGAUGUUGUUGUGCUGUGCAUAUUAGCUCUUGAAUGUAUAGGAGUUGUCCACGACACACGACGCACACCUAUCAGUGAAGCCACAGCAGACAAGCGGCCACAUACAUACGCCAAGUUUGUUGGAGUUUUUCAAAUAGUUUAGAGGCGCGUAACCGUGUGCUCCUCUGAACAUUGUUGCGAACAACCAAUUUUCCUAACGAGAGGGCACUGGUUGACUUGUCAACCACGGUCACCCAGGCAAAUUGCGGUCUAAUAAUCAGUCCUCGACGGUCCCAGCAAUCAAGCUCCAAGUCCGUCCACACACCAUCAGUCAUGGGUACCGGCGGUAAGAAUUUGGCGCACGAUGAGAUAUGGGAUGAUUCCGCUCUUAUCGAAUCGUGGAAUGAGGCCUUGAACGAAUACAAGAAAUAUCACAGCAUCCAUGCAAAGGGCGGCCGCCUUGAGGACCUUGAGCUCGAGGCGGAGGAAUUGGCCGGAGACCAGACCCAGAUGGAAGGCGUGGUGGAAACACAAUCCGAUGAUCAUCGUCCAAGAAGCAAGCAACAACCACAGGAUAGCACGGCUGAAGCUCUCUUGGAAACCACAGCGGCGGCACAGGUACAGCCAGGUCACGGGGCGCCGAUAGUACCCCCGCAGGCAAUCCUGGGAACUGUACAUGACGAAGGGUUGAAGAGACUGUUGAUGUCUUGGUACUAUGCGGGAUACUACACGGGGUUAUACGAAGGUCAGCAGCAGCAGCAGCAGACGACGACGACGACGACUACGACGACUACAGCGCCCCCUAGGCAGGAAGGACAAGAGCCAGGCCGGGACUAAGCUGCGAUGACUGCCGAGACCUCCGCGAGGCUGUGCA